AUGGUCAGUCCAUCUCCGCUUCACUCCGUCAUGGACAGCGAACGCUUAACAUCCACCGUCGAUGUCAUGGAUGAUUCUUCCACCACAUCCCCACGCGUGAAAAGCAUGCCUGCAAAUGAGGAAGCGCGCAGCCAAGUGCAACGGCGCCUCAACCGUCUCACUCAACUCCGGGCACUCGUCGACAAUGUCAGCGAAGGUCUACUCCACUGCCCUAUUGAACGCCUUUCCGACUGUUGGGAGGCCAUGCAUCCUCAUACCACAUUCCGUUCGAACACAUUCGUUUCUGCAGAGCAAACAAGACAAGAAUUGGAGCAGGCGCGAUCCUGGCUCUUGCAGAUCAUCAGUCUACAAGCCCGCCAUUUACCCAAGGGGAACAUGAGUCACCUUCUUGGCCACGCCAUCGAAAAGCCUGCGAAUGUCCGGACCGAUAUGGAGAGAUUAUAUAUGGCGCUUACGGGUGAGGAGCAUGGAAGCGUGAAAGAAAGCCUCAAAUACGCUUUCUCCAUUGUACUGCACUACCGGUAUGCCGAGAACCACGGAUACACUUUGAAACGUUUGCAAGAGCAGGAUGACCGACGUAUUCGUCAUGAGAAGAAGCGUGGCCUGCCGCGCCGGUCAGAGGAAGCCAUCCGCAACCGAAUUUUCCUCAAAUUACAGUCGGUCGAAGUCAAUAACUUCACAUGCGCGGUCCCAAUCUCUUUCUUUGCCAACUCAACAUCCGAGGGUUCUGGCGCUUGCCCUGUCUGCCGCAACGAGUACUUAGACUUUGCUUCGUUCCCGGCUGAGGACCUCAUCUCCGACUAUCCGGUCAAGAUCAAGUACUGUGGUCAUAUCAUCGGAAAGAGUUGCCUGGAGACAUGGAUGGAGACUCCGCUUGCUGAUCCGGCGAAGUACCCACACCGCACCUGCCCGCUUUGCCGCAAGGCGAUAGAAGGCGUGGCGCUCCCUGCCCCACCCCAAAUGAUCCAGCAGCACGUGGAGGAGAAUCAAAAGGCCAUCGCAUUAGCUGAUAGGAUAGGAAUGGAAGAUGAGGAGUGUUGGGAUGCGCUCCUUGGCUUGAUGAGCGAAGAGAUCCUGCUGAAAGAGUUGGAGACCGAGGUCAAGAGUAGGAUGUUGGUUGUUGGGAAAGACGUGGAGUAUCUGAAGAAAGCGCAAAUGGUGCUGAGAAGCAAGCUAGAGGAGCUGGAAGAGGAAAAGGCUGUGUGGGGUUUCGGACGCAUUCACCAGUCCUGGGCACAGGCCAAAUCGGAGUGGGCAAAUGCCUCAGUCCGACAAUGA